UUGGCAACACUGAAGGAGCAACGCUCGUGACGUACGUCCGGUUAUUCAAACUAACAUGGCGCCAGCCGAUCAUAUGUUCCGGCCGCUUUCAAUUUUAGUAUAUUUUUAGAAAUAUCAUAUAUAAAUAGUAUAAGGCGCACAAAGAGUGGUUUUAAUGUUGUCGUUAUUUUACGCUGAAUUCAAACAUGAGUAAAGGCUGCUGGAAGUUUGACGAUAAUGAUCAAGCACUUUAUAUCGACAUCGAGGAGGAUUCAGAUGACGUGAGGCGAAGAACGGCAUACAGCUGCUGGAAUGAUCUUCCAGACAUUUUGCUGGAAGAAAUAUUUUCCUAUUUAACCAUACGCGAGCGUUACUAUGCUUCGCUUGUCUGCAAGUCAUGGUAUCACGCGUUCAAAUUGCAAAAAGUAUGGUCGUUAUUUGUGCUGGAAGACAGAACACUGACUCGUGGAAAAUUCAACUACUACAGUGGAUGGGAGUAUGUUCUGGAUCACAUGCGUACUUCGAUGUGCCUGAACAAAGUUGGAAAAAAUUUCAGAACCCUCAUCUUUGAGCCGAUGCUGAAUUUCUACAAUUUGUUUGAAUUCAUAAAUAUGAUAUCUUGGUACACGGAGAAGCAAGGGUCUGACAACACCUCUGUCGCUGGCGUUGGUACAUUGAUCAGAAGAUUAAAGUUCACAUUUCCAUGCAACAUGGCCAACAGAGACGAUCCUACAAGAAUCAGGGUCUUUGGAACUGGAGGAAAAUUGCUUGAAGCUCUGAAACGAUUGAUGGGAAAUUUGGCAAAUCUGAGGUGCUUGGAACUGAUUGACUUGAUGCUAGACAAUAAAGAAGCUGUACAUUUAUUGGACGACGUUUGCACAGGUUGCACAGAAACGUUGUCCAAACUUGUAUUGAUCAACACAACGAAAAACAGAUGUCCCUUGCUCCAUGUUGGAAUGUUUCUGAAUUUGAAUAUUCUCGUCAUCAGUCCUCAAAAUCUUCACGAGGAUGUAAUAGAACUGCUUGGUUACACAAAACUCCGCCACUUGCAUAUUUUGCAAAAUCGAUUCAGUCCUGUGGAUUCAACAGUUCAGUUGCCAAAGUUUGAUGCAUGGCGCAAGAUGAAAGCAAACAAUCCUCAGCUGCGGGUUCACUUCGAAUUAGAGAACUCGAAACCCACCGACUUUGCUUUGCCUGUUGAUAUAGCACUGCAAAAUGGAGCCAUCCCGUGCUACAGCAUUGUUAUGGAUAAUCCAAACACUAAGCAUUCAGCAUUUACGUUGACAACUCACGGAGCAUACUUUGAGUCUACUUUAAGAGUCUACGCAUUUAAAGGAUUGUCCAGAUAUUAUCAGCAUAAAAAUUUUUCUAAAAGACUGGACGAAGCGCUAGUUCGGUUUUGCAAGUCUUGCCCGAACCUCCACACACUGAUGGUUCGUGAUAAAAUGUCGACAGCGACAAUUCUCGAGAUUGUGAAAACAGCAAAAAACCUUCGCUGUUUAUUUGUUAGACGAAAUGUGAUACUUAAAAGAUUUGAUGGAGCCUGGUCAAAGCUGAAUAAUUGGACACCAGAACAUUAUCAAUGGUUAAAAAUAAACAGUCGAAGUUAUGAAGACACGGAGAGAGAAGUAUCGAAGGUAUUGGGAUACCGAUGGCACAUGCUUUCAGAAAAAGAAUUCAAGAACCAACAGCUGAAUAUUUACACAUAACUGGCAAUAAAACUUUGGAAAAAAUGCAUUUUUAUGAGCAUAUCUCUUGCGGGAAAAAUAAAAAAAAAUUAUUUCCCAUAUCAUUUGAUAAUUCAGGCUUAUUGAUAAUUUCUACCAGUUGAAAGCUCACAAUUUACGACCUGUGUAAGAUGUAAGCUAAUUAUAUUGUAGCAUCUAGUACAGCUAGGUGUUGAAAAAGCUUUCAGCUCGGUUAGCUCUCUAAACUAGUCAGAUGAUGGAGUACGUACAGUGAUAACCAUUUGACCCAAUUUUUGGAUCGAUUUUGCCUUAUCUAUUCACGAUUAUGACGUG